CCGGCGCCGGGGUGCGCGCCCCUCCGCUGGGGACCUCGGGACGCCGCCAGCCGAGCCAUGACGGACGCCAGCAACAGGAAAGAGGGCUUCAAAAAAUGCCGGAGCGCCACUUUCAGCAUCGAUGGCUACAGCUUCACCAUCGUUGCAAAUGAAGCCGGAGAUAAGACUGCCAGGCCACUUGCCCGCUUCUCCCGGUCUAAGUCGCAGAACUGUCUCUGGAACUCCCUCAUUGACGGGCUCACAGGGAAUGUCAAGGAGAAGCCACGGCCGACGAUUGUCCAUGACCCCCGGCCACCUGAGGAAAUCCUUGCUGAUGAACUGCCUCCGCUCGAUAGCCCGGAAGCCUUGGUGAAAACGUCCUUCAGGUUACGAUCUUUGGUCAAACAAUUAGAGAGAGGGGAGGCUUCAGUGGUAGAUCUCAAGAAGAAUUUGGAAUAUGCAGCCUCCGUGCUUGAAUCUGUGUACAUUGAUGAAACCAGGCGACUCCUGGAUACGGAGGAUGAGCUCAGUGACAUUCAGUCAGAUGCAGUGCCUUCUGAGGUCCGAGACUGGCUGGCUUCCACCUUCACACGGCAGAUGGGGAUGAUGCUCAGAAGAAGUGAGGAGAAGCCGCGGUUCAAGAGCAUCGUCCACGCAGUGCAGGCUGGGAUAUUUGUGGAGAGAAUGUAUAGACGGACAUCAAACAUGGUUGGACUGAGCUAUCCACCAGCUGUUAUUGAAGCAUUAAAGGAUGUGGACAAGUGGUCCUUUGAUGUCUUUUCCCUCAAUGAAGCCAGUGGGGACCAUGCACUGAAAUUCAUUUUCUAUGAGUUGCUCACUCGCUAUGAUUUGAUCAGUCGUUUCAAGAUCCCUAUUUCUGCACUUGUCUCAUUUGUGGAGGCCCUGGAAGUGGGGUACAGCAAGCACAAAAAUCCUUACCACAAUUUGAUGCACGCUGCUGACGUCACACAGACCGUGCAUUACCUUCUCUAUAAGACAGGAGUAGCAAACUGGCUGACGGAGCUGGAGAUCUUUGCUAUAAUCUUCUCAGCUGCCAUCCAUGACUACGAGCACACCGGAACCACCAACAAUUUCCACAUUCAGACCCGGUCUGACCCAGCGAUUCUGUACAACGAUAGGUCUGUUUUAGAAAAUCACCAUUUAAGUGCAGCCUAUCGCCUUCUGCAGGAGGAUGAGGAAAUGAAUAUUUUGAUCAACCUCUCGAAGGAUGACUGGAGGGAGUUUCGGACCUUGGUAAUUGAGAUGGUGAUGGCCACAGAUAUGUCCUGUCAUUUUCAGCAAAUCAAAGCAAUGAAGACUGCUCUUCAACAGCCAGAAGCAAUUGAAAAGCCAAAAGCAUUAUCCUUGAUGUUGCACACGGCAGACAUCAGCCAUCCAGCAAAAGCGUGGGAGCUCCACCAUCGCUGGACCAUGUCACUCCUGGAGGAGUUCUUUAGACAGGGCGAUAGAGAAGCAGAGCUGGGUCUGCCUUUUUCUCCUUUGUGUGAUCGGAAGUCCACCAUGGUUGCCCAGUCUCAAGUAGGUUUCAUUGAUUUCAUUGUGGAACCCACCUUCACUGUGCUCACAGACAUGACAGAAAAGAUCGUGAGUCCAUUCAUUGAUGAACCCUCUCAAGGUGGGGGCACCGGGCAGAGGCGUUCAAGUUUGAACAACAUCAGUUCAACAGAUGUAAAGCGAUCAGGUGUCAAGAGCUCUGGCUCAGAAGGAAGUGCCCCAAUCAACAACUCUGUCAUCCCUGUUGACUAUAAGAGUUUUAAAGCCACUUGGACUGAGGUGGUACACAUUAACCGGGAGAGAUGGAGGGCCAAGGUGCCCAAAGAGGAGAAAGCCAAGAAGGAGGCGGAAGAAAAGGCUCGCCUGGCUGCAGAGGAGAAGCAAAAGGAAAUGGAAGCCAAAAGCCAAGCUGAAGAAAGUGCGUCUGGCAAAGCUGAUAAAAAGACAUCUGGGGAAGCUAAGAAUCAAGUCAACGGAACACGAACAAAUAAAAGCAACAACCCUCACGGGAAAAAUUCCAAAACUGAGAAGUCAUCAGGAGAAAAGCAGCAGAAUGGUGACUUGAAAGAUGGUAAAAAUAAGACAGGCACGAAGGAUCAAUCUGAUGUCGGAAAUGAUUCAAAGAAAACAGAUGAUUCAGAAGAGUAAAACACACCUCAUAGACAAUAAGAGAGGCUGCCAAUGUCUUGCAUCAUUUUAGCUGAGCUUCUUCAUUCUCUUCUCCUUCCACAAAGACCCAUAUAUGGGGAAGUUGUACAACUUUCAAAAACAAGUCCCCCUGCACUUGGCCUUCUCUCAUGCCAUCUCCUUCUAGGAGAUGACAUCCUGGGAGCCAGUUUGAGGUCUUAGAACUCUGGGGGAGCACCCCUUCCCCUGCACAGCCCAAGCAAACAACACAAUUCUGAUUUUUGUACAAACAGAAACAUGAAGGGACUUCCUCAAAAUUCUUUGCUAAUGCCCUGGCUUUCAAGGCACCUGUCUGGCCUGAUGGGAGUGGACAUCCUGAAAAUGCUGAGGCCUGAGAAAGCCACACACACAGGAAUUGCCACUGUAUUUCUUUAUAUAUUGUUAUUUUUGCACUGGUUACUGAUGGUGGAUGCAGCCAAACUGGCCUUCAUCACAGAUAAGACUAUAAUUUCAGUCUCUGGUUGUUCAUUUUCUGAGUCAGAAGCAUCCUUUUUUCUCCAGUUUCCUUCCAGACUUAGAAAUUGUUCUCAUGCUUUUUUUCUAUUUGUGUAAUUUGAAAUUCUUUUUGUUUUAUAAAAAAGAAGAUUUUCUUUAUUUGAUGCUUAAUUUACAUGUGUAUUCAUUAUUAUAAACCAGAACAUUUCAGCUCAUGGCCAUAUUGUUCAGGUAGUAAACCCAGUGUUUUCACUGGGUAUCAUAACUAUGUGGUUACUGAAAUUUUUACCACUGGCUGGUUCUCUUCUUUUGAAUAUCUAUGGUUUGACUUCAUUACUCUUCUUUCUAUUCAGGGAAGCACUAAGGGAAUUAGUAUCAGGAGAUAUGUUCAAUAAUUUUUUUUUUUCAUUUUAAUGAGCCUUUAGAAAUACAAGAUAGGAGACAAUUAAUAGCACAAAUCAAAAAUAAGAAUAGUAGAUGUAGCCCUGAAAGAGAGUAAAAAUACAGUCCCCUGAAACCAAGUCACACAUGAGAUUCAGUGGAGUGCAAAUCAAGUAAUUUUGUGGAUUUAAAUGGUGUGAUUUGGAUGAAACUGAUCCUUACAGUGUGGUUGUAGUUCACAAAGGAAUCUUUGAGGCCUUCCUAAGGAGAAAUCACAUGAAUAUUGCUGGUGAUGGAGGAGGAUCAGAGAGAGGAACAGAGAGAACUAGACGAUAGUCUUAAGUGUACUACUCUUUGCAAAUUUAAUUUCCACAUUCAAAAAGCACAAAGACAGACACUCAAAAAAAUCUUCUCAAUAUGAAGGCAAAAUGCUGGUAUUCAGAGAGAAAGAAUAAGACUGCAUAUAUAGUCUACAAGGCCUUUUGUCUCACUGAAAUAUUCCCCAACAGAAAGCUUUGGAGAACUCUGUGGUACAGAGUACAGUCGUGUACUGAUAUUCCAGCAGCGUUCUUAGGUUAGAUUUAUGUUUUGCUUGGUAAGAACACAGGUUUUUCUGUUGCUCCUCCUCGUUUCCUAACAGUGACCACAGUAAAUCAAGUGAUUACACAUUCAGAUCAGAAGCCUGGCAGGUCAGGUAAAUGAGUGAAACAAGCCAUAAUAUCAGAGUGAUUGUGAUAAAUGGCAGUCAGUCAGGGGCCUGGGUAUCAGAGAGGCAGUAGGGGCUGUGAGGAAGGGGGAGGGUGUGCGCUGCCCCAUGGGGGCAGUGGCUGGCAGCUGCGAGAUUAGGUAGGAAAAAUGGGCCAAGAUAUCUAAGAUUUUCUAUGAACCCUCUCCAAAAUUUUUUAAUAUUGGCAACUAAUUCAGAAAUGUAUAAACACUGUGCUAGCCAAAGAAAACAUGCCUAUGAACCCCAUUCAGUGCAUGGGACAUUGAUUUGCAAACUGUGCUGUUUGAGAUGGUUUUAGAUAGGCAUGAAAUACAACCAGUGUGUGUCAGUUCUUGACCUUGGAACUUGAACCUCUGACCUCAUUUCAAUUCUGUAUUUUUCUACAUACAGCUUUGCAGUCAGUCGAAAUACAAUGCCUACAGCUUCCCUUUUAUACUCCAACACACAAGACUAAACAAUAUUUGAAAACAAAAUAGGAAUAUAGCCAUUUUUUUCUAGCACCAACAAAGACAGAAAUGUUUUUCAUUUGCUUUAAGUCAUCAAUUUAGCUGGAAAAAAGUGGGAAGAGAAUUUUAUUCAGGAUAUCACUCUGCUUGGAACUCUCGGUGUGAUAAAAGAUUAGCUCCAUGUAACUCUUAUUUUGAUGGAGAAGAAAAUGGCAACCAACUCCAGUAUUCUUGCCUGGAAAAUCCCAUGGAUGGAGUAGCCUCGUAGGCUACAGUCCAUGGGUUGUCAGAGAGUCGGACACGACUGAGUGACUUCACUCAUUCACUCACAGAGGAGCUGAAAGUAUAGCAAUAGUAAACAGCCAUAUAUGCUUCACGGACAAUUUAAACUAUACUAUUAAAAUUCACUUUUAAAAACAAUGUGGCUAUUGGAAGCUAGAACAUGGAAGCAACCUAGAUGUCCAUUGACAGAUGAAUGGAUAGAGAAGUUAUGGUACAUAUACAUAAUGGAAUAUUACUCAACCAUAAAAAGGAACACAUUUGAGUCAGUUUUAAUGAGGCGGAUGAACCUAGAACCUAUUAUACAGAGUGAAGUGAGUCAGAAAGAGAAAGAUAAAUAUCAUUCUAAUGCAUAUAUACAGAAUCUAGAAAAAAAUGGUACUGAAGAAUUUAUAUAGGACAGCAAUGGAGAAACAGACAUAGAGAAUUGACUUAUGGACGUGGGGAGAGGGGAGGAGAGGGUGAGAUGUAUGGAAAGAGUAACAUGGAAACUUACAUUACCAUUUGUAAAAUAGAGAGCCAAACGGGAAUUGGCUGUCUGGCUCAGGAAACUCAAAC